CGGGGCGCGGCCUAAGCGAGGGGCAUGGUCACGCCCCCUUUGCAUGCUCUGCGCAUGCGCUGGCGCCGUUGUUAUAGAGACGGGGGCUGCGUUGUGGGGGGAUCAGAGGGGCUGCGGCGGGCACAGGCUGAAAUCCCUCGUACUGACCAGGACCGCUCUUGCCGUCCCUGCCAUAAGCUCUGCACCUUUCCUGCUGCCAUGGGUUCUGUGCUUUCCCCCUCCAUUAAAACCCCUACCUCCAGGCAGAGGAUGAAGGCUGAGGAUGACGAUGAGUUAUUCACUAGCCCAAACCGUGUGGAAGACAUCGCCAAGUUUCCAUAUGUUGAAUUCACGGGGCAGGACAGCAUCACCUGCCCCACUUGCCAAGGCACCGGCUGCAUUCCCACAGAGCAGGUAAAUGAGUUGGUGGCUCUGAUACCCUAUAGCGACCAACGGCUUCGCCCACAGAGAACGAAACUCUACGUCCUGCUGUCUGUACUGCUCUGCCUCCUGGUAUCGGGGCUAGUGAUUUUCUUCCUGUUCCCGCACUCUGUUGUGGUAGAAGAUGAUGGAAUUAAAGUGGUCCAGGCCAUGUUACGGAUAAGGAAUUCCAACUUCUACUCGGUGGCAGUGCCCAGCCUGACGAGCCAGGUGCAGUACAUGAACACCGUGGUGGGCACCCAGCAGAUCACCAACAUCUCCAGCAUCCAGCCGCUGAGCGACAAACUGGUGAAUUUCACUGUGAAGGCAGAGCUGGGUGGACCUUUCUCCUACGUGUAUCUCUUCUGCACAUUUCCCAAGGUGAAGGUACACAACAUCGUCAUCUUCAUGAGGACAUCGGUGAAGCUCUCAUACAUUGGCCACGUGACACAGAGUGCAUUGGAAACGUACCACUACAUUGACUGCAGCACCAACUCCACGGCUGCAGUGGACCUGCUGCCAUUCCCCUCGAUGUGAGGCACAGCCCAAGUCAAGGGCAGGCCCUGACGUCCCUGCUGAUGUUUUCCGUAGGUGGAUGUGCCGAUGGAUUUCUGGAAGGGAUCAAGAACUUUCAAAUGGAGGCAAAGGGAUUGUGAAUGUCUUUGGGAGAUGCUUGAGAUCUCUGAGUCUCUCUUGUGCUUUUCCAGCUGCAACUGGGCCGCAUUGCUGGCCUGCCCGUAAAACCCUCUUGGGUGUUGCUCGUGUGCAAGCAUCCAGAUCCCUUCCCAAAGCUGGGAUCCUGCUGGGCCUGCAUUCCUCUUUGGCUCCAGUGAAUUGGCUUUUGGUAGGGAAACGAGACUUCCCAGCUUUGGGUCCAAAGAUCCCAAGGGUUUUGAGUUGACUUGUGCAGCUGUUUUGAAGCUUAGCACUGUUGGGCCCUUUCAGGGUAAAUUAAUUUAGUUCUGUGUGAUUAAUUUAUUCCGCCUUUGUUCAGUGGCAGCGUGUUGCUGUCUUGUUUCAAAGCAGGGCCUGCUAAAAAGGGAUCGUUCUGGUGAGGAACGCAUGGAGAAGGCUUUCUGUUCUGUGAUUUGCACUAGAAGGAGGCAAAGGAAUUGGAAACCUUCAAAAGACGUUUUCUCUGUGGUGCAGAGUUUAUUUGCUGGCACUGAGGUCUCCUGCAGCAAACAGACACCAAAACGCUGCCGUCUUAAUGAAAAUGGCCUUGGUAAGCGCCAUGACCUUCUUCCUCCUCCUCCCCACAUUCCACAAUCACGGAAUCUCUGGGGUAUGAAGCCAGGGACCUCGUAGCUCAGUGUUGCUUUGUACUUGUGCCUGCUGCGAUCAAGUUAGACUCAUUUAGGGGAGUUUGGGGUUCCCAAGGCUUAUUUCCCAGGAACUGGCCCUUCCUGAUGGAUGGAGCACACUGUAAGCAAAUAAAUGUGAAGGCGCUGCCUGCUGCAGCUCUUGCUGUGAACCCGCACUGUUUUUCCCAUGGAGGAUUUAAUUCUGCUCCUGCUCUUUGUAGUUUUUCUGGAAUUUGAGGGCUCUGGCUGCCCUUAUUCCCUCUCUGGCUCCUCCAGCUGCUGGUUCUGCACAAGAGUGCGGGUGGAAACGGAGCACCCUGCGAAGGAAACGAAUUGGGGUGGCCUUCGGGGAAAGGAGACUUUGUUCUGUGCAAGUGGGAAAUGUGACAUAAACGCACAUGGAUGUUUCUAAGAAGGAGAAUUCUGCUCAGCAGGGUUUUUAGACCUGAGCUUUACUCAUUAAAGCAGAGUUGUGCGUUACUGUGUCCUGUGUUUAAGGAAAGGCUCUGGAUUUCUUCUUGGGAAACUCAGCUUUAUCCUGGAGUUCACACUCCAGGCUAUGGCUGGUAUCGUUUCAUCUUUUGCCCAUAAGCACCUGUUUUGCUGAUAAUUUGGGGGCCAAAAAACUCAACUGAAGGAGCAGCGGAGCUUCUCUGUUCCCAUCUGGAGCAGUUGGGACUGCAGUCACUGACGCAGUGACUCUUGUGCUGUGCUUGCUGAUUUCCGUCACGAGCUUCUCCUAUGACUUGAAACCCCUCAGUUUAUGAUGAGUUGAGCUUUCUUUUUCUGAGGAAGAUGAGGAAAUAGCAAACUUUGUUCUUUCUCCUGAGCUCCAGCAGCUCAGGCCUGGCUG